GUUCCUGCCCCACGUGUGACAGUUCUUUGUCCCCAGGCCCACCCCGGGGAGAUGGUGGGCGCGCUGGCCGCGCAGUCCCUGGGCGAGCCGGCCACCCAGAUGACCCUCAACACCUUCCACUACGCCGGCGUCUCGGCCAAGAACGUCACCCUGGGCGUGCCCCGCCUCAAGGAGCUGAUCAACAUCUCCAAAAAACCCAAAACGCCCUCCCUGACCGUGUUCCUGCUGGGCCAGAGCGCCCGCGACGCCGAGCGCGCCAAGGACAUCCUGUGCCACCUGGAGCACACCAUGUCCCCAUCCACGGAGUGGGUGAACGUGUACUACGAGAUGCCCGACUUCGACGUCAGCCGCAUCUCGCCCUGGCUGCUGCGCGUGGAGCUGGACCGCAAGCACAUGACGGACCGCAAGCUGACCAUGGAGCAGAUCGCCGAGAAGAUCAACGCGGGCUUUGGCGACGACCUCAACUGCAUCUUCAACGACGACAACGCCGAGAAGCUGGUGCUGCGCAUCCGCAUCAUGAACAGCGACGAGAACAAGAUGCAGGAGGAGGAGGAGGUGGUGGACAAGAUGGACGACGACGUUUUCCUGCGCUGCAUCGAGUCCAACAUGCUGACGGACAUGACGCUGCAGGGCAUCGAGCAGAUCAGCAAGGUGUACAUGCACCUGCCGCAGACGGACAACAAGAAGAAGAUCAUCAUCACCGAGGACGGCGAGUUCAAGGCGCUGCAGGAGUGGAUCCUGGAGACGGACGGCGUCAGCCUGAUGCGCGUGCUGAGCGAGAAGGACGUGGACCCUGUGAGGACAACGUCCAACGACAUCGUGGAGAUCUUCACUGUUCUGGGCAUCGAGGCGGUGCGGAAGGCGCUGGAGCGGGAGCUGUACCACGUCAUCUCCUUCGACGGCUCCUACGUCAACUACCGGCACCUGGCGCUGCUGUGCGACACCAUGACGUCCCGGGGACACCUGAUGGCCAUCACCCGGCACGGCGUCAACCGCCAGGAGGCCGGGCCCCUGAUGAAGUGCUCCUUCGAGGAGACGGUUGAUGUCCUGAUGGAGGCAGCUGCCCACGGGGAGAGUGACCCCAUGAAAGGGGUGUCUGAGAACAUCAUGCUGGGGCAGCUGGCGCCGGCCGGCACCGGCUGCUUCGACCUGCUGCUGGACGCCGAGAAAUGCAAACACGGGAUGGAAAUCCCCAGCGCCCUGCCCGGGCUCGGCGUCGGCGGCCCCACCGGGAUGUUCUUCGGCUCGGCCCCCAGCCCCAUGGGGGGGAUGUCCCCGGCCAUGACCCCCUGGAACCAAGGGGCCACCCCGGCCUACGGCGCCUGGUCCCCCAGCGGACUCCACAACACCCCAACACCAGCUCACUGAGCCCCACAAUCGUGUGCAACACCCGCAUAACACCCCGACACUGAGACUCCCAACACCUCCAGCACUCCCACAACACCCAGCUGAGCCCCCCAACACCCUGACCAGUGCCCUGCUGACCCCCCGUGUCCCCUCUCCGCAGGUGGCGCCAUGUCCCCCAGCUACAGCCCGACGUCCCCUGCCUACGAGCCGCGGUCGCCGGGGGGCUACACCCCGCAGAGCCCCAGCUACAGCCCCACCUCGCCCAGCUACAGCCCCACUUCUCCCAGCUACAGCCCCACCUCGCCCAACUACAGCCCCACCUCGCCCAGCUACAGCCCCACCUCGCCCAGCUACAGCCCCACCUCGCCCAGCUACAGCCCCACCUCGCCCAGCUACAGCCCCACCUCGCCCAGCUACAGCCCCACCUCGCCCAGCUACAGCCCCACCUCGCCCAGCUACAGCCCCACCUCGCCCAGCUACAGCCCCACCUCGCCCAGCUACAGCCCCACCUCGCCCAGCUACAGCCCCACCUCGCCCAGCUACAGCCCCACCUCGCCCAGCUACAGCCCCACCUCGCCCAGCUACAGCCCCACCUCGCCCAGCUACAGCCCCACCUCGCCCAGCUACAGCCCCACCUCGCCCAGCUACAGCCCCACCUCGCCCAGCUACAGCCCCACCUCGCCCAGCUACAGCCCCACCUCGCCCAGCUACAGCCCCACCUCGCCCAGCUACAGCCCCACCUCGCCCAGCUACAGCCCCACCUCGCCCAGCUACAGCCCCACCUCGCCCAGCUACAGCCCCACCUCGCCCAGCUACAGCCCCACCUCGCCCAGCUACAGCCCCACCUCGCCCAGCUACAGCCCCACCUCGCCCAGCUACAGCCCCACCUCGCCCAGCUACAGCCCCACCUCCCCCAACUACACCCCAACCUCGCCGAGCUACAGCCCCACCUCUCCCAGCUACAGCCCCACCAGCCCCAACUACACCCCGACCUCGCCCAACUACAGCCCCACCUCUCCCAGCUACAGCCCCACCAGCCCCAACUACACCCCGACCUCGCCCAACUACAGCCCCACCUCUCCCAGCUACAGCCCCACCAGCCCCAACUACACCCCGACCUCGCCCAAGUACACCCCGACCUCGCCCACCUACAGCCCCACCUCGCCCAAGUACAGCCCCACGCCUCCCACCUACAGCCCCACGUCACCCAAGGGCUCCACCUACAGCCCCACGUCCCCCGGCUACAGCCCCACGUCGCCGACCUACAGCCUCACCAGCCCGGCCAUCAGCCCCGACGACAGCGACGACGACAACUGAGCCCCCCGCGACGCUGUGGGGGCGGGGCUGUCGUCACCCCAAACAACCCUGGAUCGAUAUCGGGUUGGGGUUGUUGUCAGCCCCCCAAAAAAAUCCCCACGCCGAUGUUGUACCGGGGCUGUUGUCACCCAAAAAAGCCCCGGAUCAAUAUCGGGUUGGGGUUGUUGUCACUACAAGGAAACAACCCAUCGCUGCUGGAUUGCGGCUGUUGUCACCCCUAAAACCCGGAGUCAGUAUUGGAUCGGGGUCGUGUCACCCCAAGAAACUCCACAUCGUUAUGGGGGCGGGGCUGUUGUCACCCCAGAAAAACAACCCAUCAGUGUUGGAUUG